AUGCAUAUAUUACUUCUUGGACCGGUUAUGUUAUUCUAUAGGAGUUGGAAAGAUCGGUUGAGUCCAGACCCGCUUUUGGAAAGAGACCUGUUCAAAAUACGAUUUCUUGAAGGAACUUUGGAAGCCGCCCCUCAGCUUCUUCUUCAAUUGACUAUUCUCUCCAAAUGUAGGGGAUGGUUUAGUCUUUACCUUUUGAAAAGUAACCAGACUGUUUGCCCUAAAAGUGGCGGUUAUUUUAUUGCGUCGCUUAUUAGUAUCGGAACUUCGUUUAUCACAUAUCUCUGGGUCGUGACAGAGAAAAAGAAAAACGAUCACCCAAAUCAGCUUUCUACAGGGACUCUUCUGCAAAUAUAUUUUCUGUAUUUCCUUCAAAUGCUGAUACGACUUUGCGAAAAGAAUCUUGGCUAUUCUUUUUCAAAAUUCACGUAUUAUGAUUUUGAUGAUGAAAAUCCUUCUACGAGACGUCUUAAUUUUGUGAUGCAUCAAAUUGAACAUCUUGUCGUCUUUAUUCUUUGGUACGGAAUUGACACGAAGGGAAAUUUCAUUAGAUGCGUAAUUAUUCAUUACGCUUCCUCAUUUUUGGUUCUCGUUUCGCAUUUACUCUUAGCUAGAAAGCUGGCAAAAAUUAAAGGCACUUCACAGAACUGUACGUCGGAAUUGCUCUGCCUGAGGUUAAGGCCCUGA